CAUACACUCUGACGUCAUUCCGGUUCCUGAGAGUAAGCUGGUGAGGUUAUACCACGUUAAAAGUGAAAAUCGAGACAAAAACAUUAAAACGAAGACUAGUCAGGAGACAAAUCAGCAUCCAUGGCGCCCAAGAAGGUAGAGGAGCCCGAGAGGAAGCCGCUCAUUGGUCGCGUGGGCACCAAUCUCAAGGUGGGCAUCGUCGGCAUCCCCAACGUCGGCAAGUCCACCUUCUUCAACGUCCUCACCAAGAGCCAGGCGGCCGCCGAGAACUUCCCGUUCUGCACCAUCGAUCCCAAUGAAAGUCGCGUUCCGGUGCCCGACGAGCGAUGGGAUUACUUGUGCGAGUACUACAAGCCAGUCAGCAAGGUGCCUGCAUUCCUGAACGUGGUGGACAUCGCGGGUCUCGUGAAGGGCGCCGCAGAGGGUCAAGGGCUGGGCAAUGCCUUUCUGUCGCACAUCAAAGCUUGCGACGCCAUCUUCCACUUAGCUCGUGCAUUCGAGGAUGACGAUGUGACGCACAUAGAGGGCGAUGUGAAUCCCGUCCGUGACCUGGACAUCAUCAGCGAAGAGCUCCGUCUCAAGGACGAAGAGUACCUCAUGACGCACAUGGAGAAGCUCGAACGGACUGUGUUAAGAGGCGGUGACAAGAAACUGAAGCCAGAAUAUGACAUCCUGUGCAAAGUAAAAACUUUACUGGUCGACGAGAAACGACACCUGAGGUUCGGAGACUGGAACGCUAACGAUAUCGAGGUCCUAAACAAGCAUAUGUUCAUCACCACCAAACCUGUGAUAUACCUGGUUAACCUCUCUGAAAAGGACUACAUUAGAAAAAAGAAUAAAUGGUUAAUUAAAAUCAAAGAAUGGGUUGAUAAAAAUGACCCAGGUUCCAUAAUCAUCCCCUUUUCUGGAGUCUUUGAAAAUAAAUUGUUGGAUAUGGACGAGGUGGAGAGGAAGAAAUAUCUAGAAGACCACAACACAACAAGUGCGCUGGACAAGAUCAUAGUGCAGGGUUACAAAGCACUUCAGCUGCAGUACUUCUUCACUGCUGGUCCGGAUGAGGUGAAGGCGUGGACCAUACAGAAAGGCACAAAAGCACCACAGGCUGCUGGAAAAAUUCACACUGAUUUCGAAAAGGGUUUCAUUAUGGCUGAAGUGAUGAAAUUUGAUGAUUUCAAGGAAGAAGGAUCAGAAGCAGCUGUGAAGGGAGCUGGCAAAUACAGACAACAGGGAAGGAAUUAUGUCGUGGAAGAUGGUGACAUAAUAUUUUUCAAAUUCAAUGCAGGGGCAGGCCUGAAGGAUGCGAAGAAAAAGUGACCUCAUAUGAUCCACAAUCCUGAUAUUUGUUGCUGCAAUUCCUUACCUGUAUUGGAAGCCUGUGGCAGACUGACAUACAGAAAAACUGUUGUUUUUAGCUGUUUCUUUUGUGCCACAGUUAACAAGAAAGCCACACAUUUGAUGAUGUUUGGCUCCUUAUUUAUUAUAUGGUUGAUACUAGACAAGAGUUUCCAGUGUUUUACUUUUCUGUAUCUCAUGUUGCAGAAGACACAUGCAUUUAUUAAUUAUGAUUUUUUAAAACACUCAUGCCACAGGCUUCUUUGAUUGAGAUGACUUUUGUAAUAUAUUACGAAGUCUACAAAUACAUCAUUUGCACAGAAA